AUGACUGACGAAGUAGAGCCGGUAGAGGCCGGGGAACAAAAAAAGCCAGUGAAAGAAAUCACAGUGGUGUUCGACGAGGGCACCUUCGUGCACGAAACUGGAGACAUCUACGAAGGCUCUUUCGAGGCGAGGAAGAAGGACAGGUUUCUGAAGAUGAACGGUCGCGGCGUCUACACCACGGCAGAAGGCGAUGUAUACACAGGCGGUGCCUGGGAAAACGACCGCCUCAUCGGCGACGAUGUAACCAUCACUUACACCGACGGCUCCAAGUACGAGGGUCCGUUCAAAGACUGGUCCUACAACGGUAGAGGCAAAUACACGUAUCCCGAUGGCACGGUGUUGAAUACGGAUUUUGUUGAGAACUGUCCUGUAAAAGGGACGGUGCUGACAGAUCCGAACGGCCAUGUUUGGUUGGGACGGCCGGACGUCGGAUUUGUACGGCUGGAUCCUUGGAAUCACUUCUAUCAGGAGUUAGAGAGGCCGAGUGAGAAAUCGCAGAGUAGCCAGGAAAGGACUGUUCAACAUAAUUAGAAAAACAACUGACAA